GUACGAGAACAAGCGCCUGCUCAUCCAUGCCUGCCUGGAUAAAUUAUUCGCCAGCUCAACCCCGGUGCCAAGGAAGGCGGCGUCCUUGGAUCGACUGAUCUCGGGAGUCAAGGAGGCGCUCAAGGGACUGGAGGCCCUCGAGGUGACAGACAAGCUCGGAGACUGCGCUGUGGUGUACCACGUCACGCGCCUCCUGGAUCGCGCGACACGCGAGCAGUGGGAGAACUCUGUUGGCGCCACGCGCGACUAUCCCACAUUCACGAAGCUCGAGGAGUUUCUUACGACUCGUAUGCGGGCGCUCGAGCGGAUAGAGAGUACGACGGCUCAACCUGGCUCCAGCUCAGCACCUCCACCAACGAAGAAGACGGCUGCUCAUCAGUCUGCUCAUCAGGUCGAUACAUCAUACCCGUGUGACUGCUGCGGAGCGCAGCAUUUCAUAGUGAUGUGUAGUAAAUUCCGGGAGCUACCACCAUCCGAGCGGCACACGGUGGCGAUACAGAAGCGGUUAUGCUUCAAUUGCCUGGGCCGUCAUAGUGUGCGUGCAUGCAAGUCUCAGCGAGGCUCCUUGGCACUAGUCAGCUCAUCGUCAGCACAUCACUCAGCGCGUCUGCUCAUCGACUCAGGAUCCGAACUCUCCUUCGUCACGGAGAAUCUCAUUCGGCAGCUCAACAUCCCUCGUCAAUACUCAGGUAUUGUCGUCACUGGAAUUGCAGGCAAGGAGUGUACUCGGACACGAGGAGUCGUGUCACUCACGUUACGCUCGACACAUUCCAACGCAGCUGCCACAAUUCAAGCUCAUGUCCUCCGGACAGUUAUAUCAAUCUUACCAUCGUUCGAGGCGGAACCGGAAGAAUGGCCGCAUCUCAAGAACUUGGCAUUAGCCGAUUCUGAUUUUCUCAUCCCGCGGCCAGUUGACAUCCUCAUCGGCGCAGACGCUUACGGGCAAAUCAUCAAGCCCAAUAUCAUUCGGCAUUCUCCACUCAUGCCGAUAGCGCAACUCUCCAUUUUCGGAUGGCUCGUUCUUGGACCAGUCAAUAGGGAAGCAACACGCACAUCAACGCACCAUGCUUCUACUCACGUCAACGAGGAUACUCUCAACGA